AUGUCGAAGUCACGGGAAGAGGCUAUUAAGGGUAUCGAGGCGAUUUUUGAGAGGUACCGCCUGAUCGCCCAAGCCCAAAAAUUUAAAGGCUUUGACUGCCACCUCAUGGAAAACAUCAAAAUCAUCGAUGCAACCUCCUCAGGAACCGCAACAUUCGAUUUCUUCAUAGAUGAACAGUAUAGCAAUAUCAACAAUGUAAUGCAUGGAGGAGCCGGUGCUGUCAUAUUUGAUAUGUGCACUACGUUUGCUUUGGGACCUAUUGCUAAACCCGGAUCUUGGGAUUUCCUGGGCGGCGUAACGAGGACGCUCAAUUUGAGUUAUCUAAGGGCUGUUCCUGUUGGCAUAACUGUACGCAUCUAUACCGAAGUAGUCCAGUAUGGCAAAACGAUGGCGAUGCUUCGUGGUACCAUGACUAGUCAAGAUGGAUCAAUCAUUUAUUGCACGUGUGAACAUCAUAAAGUGCGUGUGCCAACCCGGAAAGAACAUUUAGAGCAUAAGGUAGAAUGGGAUGGUUUGUGGAGUAAAGAGUCGGAUGGGAAAUCGAAAUUAUAG